AUGGAAAACUCCCUCGCAAAAAGCAACAGUCUAAAGCCUCCGAGGCGCAAACUCCAAAAGGCCGACCCCAAGCUCAAAAGCCUCAACAAAGCCAAGCGAGGCUCUACCGAUUCUCACUCAUCAUCAACCAUGGCUAGUCUAAGCCCCAUGUCUUCACCCACCCAGCGUCAGAUGUCAAACGGUGCGCCAGAUCUGAGCGACUCUAAAUGGGAUCAUUAUCUCCGACCAAAAACCGUCUUUGUUCCUUCAUUUUCGGAAGCUGAAGAACAACAUUCUGAAGAAAACAUGAAUCAACACUACCACCACCAACCAGUCCAACACCCCGAACCCUCACCAAGGGCUGCCUGCUUUAGUCCUCCGCCCCAAGGGCAAUCAUCUUUUCAUCGCCAGAUCCCCGAAUUUCACCACUUGACUCUCCAUGAACACAGGGCCCGGCCAUCCCUAGAUCGCUCAUCGCUCCCUUCGACAGCUUCCACCACAUCAACUUCAUCCGCUAUGCGACGUCAGGCCAAGACGCCCGUCUUCCGGAUCGGCCAACUAGAGCAACAUGCCCUUGCGCGCAAAGCAAAAGAUGUACAGGAAAAGACUUCAAGUGUUGAAUUGAUCGCUGAUCAAUAUCACGCCCUUCUUGAAACGAGAGAUGGUCCCCCAGCGCUCGACUCGCAAUUGCCCUCUCGCGCAUCAUCACAGUACUCAUUUGACGACACUCCUCUUCAGAUCCCUCCUUAUGCGGCUAAACGAUCGCAAAGCAUGCGAACAGCAAAAACCUCCUCAUCAAUGACGGCCAUACCUCGUCAACUUAGACCCAGACUUAGGACAGCUCCUACCCACGAUACGAAUGUGGCAGCUGUUGAAGGCGACACUAUCUACUUUAAACCCUACUCUUUCUCUCCACCACCUUCACCCGAGUACCCCGGAACACCACGACACUCCUGGACAGACGAAUUCAGACCGUCGUCAUCAUCAGGGCACUCAUUCCAGGACAACAUCAGUCUUCAAAUAGCGUUCGACCUCCUCACGAGCGAAUUAUCUUCCGUCAUGACAGGCCGACCACAGCGCAACGGACAAGACACGGCAGCUCUACAGAUAUGGGUCAUGAUUGAAGCUUACGAAAGACUCCGCGAUCAACUGACGAGACAAGAACCAUCCAAUGCGGAGGCGCAAAAGGUUGCGACCAUGUUUGAUUGCUGGUUGGCAUCAUUGUACUCGAUUCACUCGUCUCUUACGGAGAGCACACUACCCAGUCCUACAGAAUAUGCAGGAUUGGAAGAAGAAUUGGAUUGA